AUGAAGAGAAAAACCAUUGAUUCGUACUUCCAAAAACAAAAACCUACUCCAAAAAUAAAUGAUGACGUGAACUUUGAUGAUCCUAAUGAAACGACGAACAAUGUGAUUCCAGAUAAUCCAACUCAGAUACCGAAUCAACAACCUAAUAGUAGUGACACUUCUUUUGUGCGUAAGCCAAUUAGUAGUUAUCCCUCGGGGAUACAACGAGAAAUUGUGGAGUAUUCACCAACAACUGAUGCUGCCUAUUGUUUCCCAUGCUUUCUUUCCGAUAAGAAACCAUUGGGAAAAGUUGGUUCAGAUACUUUUACAGUACAAGGAUUUAGAAAUUUGGUGGAAAAGAUUGUGCAUUUGUAUCCCAUAUGGGAAGAGACAUUAAUUCAGCUUAUGGUUAUUCUGUUCAAUGUUGGGAGAAUAUUCAGAAAACUAAAGCUCACAUUUCAAAAGUGUGCGUUUAGGAGACAUGUUGAGAAUGCCGACUCCAAAAAUCAAGGAAACUUUCUGGAGAUGUUAAAACUCAUUGCUUCCUAUAACAAGGAUGUACAAGACGUGGUGCUAGCAAAUGCACCACAAAAUGCCAAAUAUAUUGCUCCGUCAAUUCAAAAGCAAAUUUUGCAUGUCUUUGCUAAGAAAGUGCAGAAUGAAAUCCGAAAGGAGAUUGGUGAUUCAAAAUUUUGCAUAAUCAUAGAUGAAUCACGAGACGUAUCUAAGAGGGAGGAAAUGGCUAUUGUCAUAAGAUUUGUUAAUAAAUAUGUUUUGUCUAAUCAUGAGUUGAAAAUUAAAGAUCUUAAAGGUCAGGGAUAUGAUGGAGCUAGCAAUAUGCGUGGGGAGUGGAAUGGUUUACAAGCUUUGUUUAUAGAUGAUUGCGCUUAUGUAUAUUAUGUGCAUUGUCUGGCCCAUCAGUUACAAUUAUCUCUUAUUGUUGCCGCAAGAGAAGUAUUUGAGGUUUAUGAUUUCAUCAAAGAUUUAAUUUUUAUUGUGAAUGUUGUUAGUUCUUCUUCCAAGCGUCAUGAUGAGUUACAAGAUAGUCGAGUAGCUGAGUUGGAGCACCUGAUUGAAAUUGAGGAGGUUGAUACUGGAAAAGGGAUGAAUCAAAUUGAUUUACUUUGUCGAGCCUUACAACAAAAAUCACAAGAUAUUUUGCAUGCUAUGGAUUUACUUGUUGAUACAAAAUGCUCAAUUCAAGAUCUCAAAGAUGAAGGUUGGAAAGAUCUUUUGGACAAAGUACUCUACUCAUUUUGCAACAGACAUGGCACUCUGGUCCCAGAUAUGCAAGCUAGUUAUUCUGAUUUAAUACGAGCUCGACGUAACAAAGAUAACAUAUCAAUGGAGCAUCAUUAUAAAAUUGAUGUGUUCACAGCCACUAUGGAUCAGCAAUUGCAGGAACUAAAUAGUCGUUUCAGUGAGAAAAGAACAGAGCUUCUUGUCUUAAGUGCAUCUUUGAAUCCUAACAAGGGAUAUAAAAACUUCAACGUGGAUAACAUUUGCCGUCUUGAAGAAAAGUGCUAUCCUGCAAAAUUUUCCAAAGAUGAUCAGUUUCAUUUGAGGUACCAACUUCAGCUAUUUUACCGAUGUGUCUUUAAUCAUGAUGAGACGAAAAAUUUGAGUUCCAUAACUGAUUUAUGUCAAACUUUAGCUGAAAUUGGUAAGUCCAAUGUCUAUCCUUUAGUUGAUAGAUUGAUUCGACUAAUUUUAACUCUUCCUGUUAGUACAACAACUUCAGAGAGAGCUUUUUCAGCAAUGAAAAUUGUUAACACUAGCUUGCGAAAUAAGAUGGACGACGACUUUCUAUGGGAGUACUUGAUUGUCUAUAUAGAGAAGGAUAUUGCUGAGAAAUUUACAAUUGACUCGAUCAUAGAUGAUUUCAAUUCUAUGAAAACAAGAAGAGUCCGGCCAAUUUGGAUGACGAGAAUAUUUUGUAUCAAAUAA